CUGGCAACUCUAAAUUGGUCUUUCAAUUUUCGUGAAAAAAGCUCGUUGUAUCGUAUUGAGCGAUUUCGAGCAUUUUGCGUAAAACUAUUGUUAUAUUUUGUGAUAAUUGUUCGUCUAAUCUCAUAAUUUAGUUGUAAGAACUAGCUGUUAUUAAAAAUAACGUCAAACCAAAGUGGUAUUACUUAUAAGUUCGCUAGUGAAUUACUGACAGAUCGAUUCGGCGUUGCGAAGUUGCAGGUUAUAUUGAAAAAUAGUUAGAUUUAAUUGAUUUAUUGUAAGUAAAUUAUCGAAAUGGAGAGCAUGGAUGUUGCACAAGAAGGUACGUCUGCGGCGUCGACGCCGGCGGGUGAAAAUGGGCCUGAUAAGAAUGUCACGGCGGAAGAAAUGACCUCCAGGGACUAUUACUUCGACUCCUACGCACAUUUUGGUAUUCACGAGGAGAUGCUGAAGGACGAAGUACGAACACUUACCUACAGAAAUGCUAUGUACCACAAUAAGCACCUGUUCAAGGGCAAAACAGUCCUGGACAUUGGCUGCGGCACGGGCAUCUUGUCCAUGUUUGCAGCGAAGGCUGGUGCAGCUAAAGUUAUAGCGGUGGAGUGCUCCAACAUAGUGGACUACGCCCGCAAGAUUGUAGAAGCUAACAGACUCAGUGAUGUCAUUGAGAUUGUUAAAGGAAAGGUGGAGGAAGUGGAGCUCCCAGUGGAAAAGGUGGACAUCAUCAUCUCGGAGUGGAUGGGCUACUGCCUGUUCUACGAGAGCAUGUUGGACACCGUCCUGUAUGCACGUGACAAGUGGCUCAAAGCUGAUGGCAUGCUCUUCCCUGACAGAUGCACAUUAUUCAUCUGCGGCAUUGAAGACCGUCAGUACAAGGACGAGAAGAUCAACUGGUGGGACGAUGUGUAUGGCUUCGACAUGAGCUCCAUCAGGAAGGUGGCCAUCUCCGAGCCUCUUGUUGAUGUUGUUGAUGCUAAACAGGUGGUGACUAACUCCUGCUUAUUGAAAGAAAUAGACUUGUACACAGUUAAGAAGGAGGAUCUUAACUUCGAAUCCAAAUUCCACCUACAAGUGCGUCGCAACGACUUCAUCCAAGCCCUAGUAACGUUCUUCAACGUGGAGUUCACGAAGUCGCACAAGCGGCUCGGCUUCAGCACCGCGCCCGAGGCUCCCUACACGCACUGGAAGCAAACCGUCUUCUACUUCGACGAUUAUAUGAUGCAGGUAAAAAAGUUCGAGGAGAUCACAGGAACAUUCUCGAUGCGUCAAAACGCGCGGAACAACCGCGAUUUGGACUUCGAGAUCGAAAUUGAUUUCAAAGGCGAACUCUGCCAAGUUCGGGAGAAGAAUCAUUAUAGGAUGCGCUGAGACAGCUAGCGUUUAUAACCAGCCUUCACUGUUACACUUUUAUACCCAGUUUCCCUUGCCACAGAUUGUAUCAGAAAUCUAGAUUUUAUGCAGCAAAUACUUCAUGGUUUGAGGCCAUAGAUAAAAUAAAAUAAAUUUUGUGAUUAUUCAGCCAGUAUCAACUGCUUUGUCGUCAACGUAACUUUUUGUAUUGAUAAUAUUCAAAGUUAAAAAUUACUUUGUUCUUGUGAAAAUAUAAUGUUGUGUGCAUGUAUCUCGCUCGUGCAAUUGGCCUAACUCUAGUCUGAACCUUGCUUGAUUGACACUUAAAUAUCUUUUAUUUUUUAAUAAAUUGUCUCAACAAUUGAUUCAUUAUAUAUAAAAAUAAACGGAGUUGUAAAUGGGGUCACUAUUUUUUGUUAGGCCAUUUUCGCUGUGGCACUGUCCUAAUGCUAGCUUGACUAGUUUAUUAUUGAGAAAUUAUCUUUAUGUACAAUUGAUGUCGAUAUAAAGAUACUUUUAUUGUCGCUUUGUAUAUAGGGGCAAGUAUAACAACGUCCGAAGGCUGGUAAUUAACUAGUAAACGAAUUUUGUAACAACAAUACUAAGAAAUAUGGUCGCUGCGUAAUUUUUAAUUACUUAAAAAUUAAGUUGUUUCCACUCACUUUAUUCGGUUUAUUUCCAUUUUUUUGUGUGAUACGAUAUUUUCGUUUUGAUAUGUUUCUUUGAUGCAUGGUUGAGUGAUAUCAGAUGUUAAUAAAAUUGAGUCGAGCUAGAAUGGUUGUUUUUCUGUCAAAAUAAUUUUGUUAUCCAACACAGAUUUAUGUUUUAAAAUAGAUCCAUUAGUUUAUCGAAUUGAAUACAAUAAACUGACUUACAAAGUCAGUGUUUACCAAUCAGUAUUUUUGUUUAAUUAAUUGUCGGCUCGAAUAAAGUGAGUUGGGGUAAUUUGACGAUGUUUAUGAUCUAGGUUAGGUAUCUCACUUUUGUAUGACCGCCUAAACGAUACUGCGAAGCCCUACAAAGGGAGUUAUUAUAGAAUUUUCAUAACACUGUACUAAGAUACUUUGUUGUAUUCAUAAAUGACGUGUUAAUGGCAGUUUUGAAAUGCCAGUAACUUCUUGUACGCAAGAGUUUAGCUGUGAACCCAGUGAUUUUAGACUUAGGUAUAUAUUUAGCACGAUAGGUAUAAUAUUUGAGCUAGAACAUUGCACAUGACAGAUUUGAUAUUAUUUUUGUAGCGUAUUGUUCUCAAGGACUGCAGUUCGGUAAGAAUAAAUUUCAGGCACCUACAAGUCCUUCGAUAGCAGACAGUAAAAGGUAUAUAAUAAAUCAAACCAAGUAAAACAUACUUUGAAAGGACAUAACAACACUGCUUCGAGUGCCUACCGUUCUAAUAAUGUUCCAACAUAUAGUAUAAGCAUAAAUAAUUACUAGGAGCAUAGAAAAUCGUUUGCUGAUGUUAUCUAUUUUUGAUAUUAAAAGCCCCAAGCUGAACUUCAGAACUGCCAUUAACAAAAUGACUAUUGUUUAGUUUAUACUGAGCACUUGUAAUAGAAGUAAGGUUGAUGUUCAACUGCCGAUGCCAAUGUGCCACUCAGUGGCGUUUUCUACGGUUUAGCAACUGUGUGUAUGGUGUACGAAUAUUUGUGGUGCAUUCAUGAAUAAGUACCUAUAAGCAA